AUGGCUAGCAUCACCGCCGCUGGUGUGGAGACCGUUUUCAAGAACGUUGACCUUUGCGGGGCUGCAGUCUCGACUAUGCUUAUGUUCGAAUAUCUCAUCACUCUGGACGACGAGGCCAAAUACAUUUGGAAAAAGAGGGCUACUGGCCCAUCUAUUCUCUACUAUAUGAACAGAUACUAUAAUCUUGCGUUCUGUAUGUAUCAAUGGAUCGUCCUCAACCCUGCUUACCGUCGAUCUGCAGAGUCUCCAAUUCAACACAAGCGACUUCUUCAGCAGGGGUACCAACUCAUCUCCGAUAGGCCUGCUUCAAGUUCGGACUCGGCGGUUUCGUUGUUCCGGUUGUUAGCUGUGUCGGCUAUAAUCUCAUCCCAGUCGCUCUUUCCCGAAACGUCCGAAGUUGUCAUAGUCUCUCGCCUGGCAGUGAUUGUGACAGACGCGUUGCUGCUUGUCAUCACAUGGACUCAGCUAGCACGACAAGGCGGCCUGCGUCGGUGGGGAGGUUCCAAGGGCAUCAGCCUUACCGAUGUCUUACUUCGCGAUGGUACCAUCUACUUUCUUCACAUCACUAGAAUCAUGCUCAUUCUGAACUGCCUGCAUAUGGCCUUCACGCUGGUCUCUGUGCUCAACAUCAAAUCAUUGCAAAACUUGAGCGCUAUCAGUAUCUUCGAGACCCCAAUCACCGCGAUCCUGGUCUCUCGCUUCCUGAUAAACCUCCAGGCUUCCGAGCGCGGAGCGCUGCCGCUCAACGAGCCUGGAACAGGCACGCAGACGUCGCAGAACGGGGAGCUGGAUAGUGGGGCCUCCAUUGUCUUCAACAGGGUCGUUGGCUCCCUGCAACGUUCGCUCGCUCCUCAGGACUUCACCGAGGAUAACACGCACGAAGAUGACGACGCUCAGGAGGUCAGCAACGGAGACGAUGGUGCCGGAUUCCUGAAGGUCUAA